UCAGGAGCCCAAGGGAGGAUUGCAAGGAGGCAGAGAGCAGAAGGGGAAAGAUGAGUGAUGACACGUCCACCAGUGAGACGGCCACGGAUGUCAAAGGAGAUAGUCUUGAAGCUCUAAUGAAUGAGAGCGCCGUGAGCAGAGUGGCCGGUUUCCCUUUGAUCAGUGCCCUGUACAGCCUUUGCGCCUCCUUGUACAACCGUACCAAAGAAAGGCACCCGUAUUUCAACAAGGCUGCCCACGUGCUGGAGACGGUGACCGCGGUGGCAGUAGGGAUCGUAGUAGGGGGCACCAAGCCAGUCCUCAACCGCAUCGUGCCCCGCAUUUCAGCAAUGAACAAUUACGUGAACCAGGGACUGGACAGAAUAGAGGCGACCCUACCGUGCCUUCACCAGCAACCCACUCAGCUGUAUGAAGAUGGCCGCAACUUAACCAAAACAGUGGUUUCUUCCACAGUCAGCACGGCCAAAGACGCUGCUUCUGGAGCCAAAGGUAUCAUAACCCAAAGAGUGGCAGAAGCGGCAGACAUCACCAAGGAUAUCGUGCAUGACAGUGUGGACUUAACCAAGUCAGUCGUGGCUUCCACGCUGGACACUGCCAGGGAGGCAGCAUUCGGGGCAACGGAUCUCAUGGCCAACAGAGUGGUCGAUGCCGUCAACUUGACCAAAGGGACCGUCCAGGACACUGUCGACUUGACCAAAUCUGUGGUGUCUUCCUCGAUGAACACUGCUAAGGACGCUGCACUCAGGGCCACAGAUCUCGUGGCCAAUCGAAUGGGCGACAUCAUUAACUUGACCAAAGGGACAGUCCUGGACAGCGUUGACUUGACCCUGUCGCUGAUGAAUUCCACAGCUGACACCACCAAGGAUGCCACGUUCGGGGCCACAGAUCUCGUGACGAAUAGGGUAGCCGACAUCGUCAACCUGACCAAAGGCACUGUUCAGGACAGUGUCGACUUGACUAAGUCGGUGGUGACGUCCACAGUCAACACUGCCAAAGAUGCGGCAUUCGGGGCAACAGAUCUCGUGUCCCACAGAGUGGCCGACAUCGUCAACCUGACCAAAGGGACUGUUCAGGACAGUGUCGGCUUAACCAAGAUGGUGGUGAAUUCCACGGUGAACACGGCUAAGGAUGCUGCCUCCGGGGCCAAAGGUAUCAUGACCAACAGAGUGGGCGAAAUAAUCAACCUGACCAAAGGGACUGUUCAAGACAGUGUUGGCUUGGCCAAGUCGAUGGUGUCCUCCACAGUGAGCACCGCUCUCCAAGCUGCCCAGGGAACGAGGGAUAUCAUGGCCGGCCGGCCAUACAAACCUGCAGAGAACAGCAGUGACCAAAUUGUUGAGCUGACCAACUUCCUGAAGCAGAUCGUAGCAAGUGGAGUGGAAGCUAUGCUGGAGAAGUCGGAGAGACUGGUGGAUCAGUUCCUGCCCGUGACGCAGGAGGAGCUGGAGAAGCUGGCCACAGAGGUACCCGGUUCAGAGAAAGCUUCCAUGGAGGAUGGGCAGCAAAGUUAUUUCAUCCGCUUGGGGUCCCUCUCGACCAAAGUACGCCAUCGGGCCUAUAUCCAUUCCAUCAGCAAGCUGCAACUCCUUAAGGAAAGCACUCAAAAUAUACUUUUGCAACUCCAGAUGGUCAUUGACUUGGUCGAGAGUGUGAAACAAGGUGUCGGGCAGCGGUUCCAAGAGGCCCAACAGAAGCUUCACCAGGUCUUGUCCGAGUGGGUCCAGAUGCAGCCCGGAGGAAGCCAGGCCGAAGGAGACCCGCAGACGGAGGUGGAAUCCCGCACUCUGGCUUUGCUCCGCUUGAUCACCCAAGAUCUGGGCCCAGCCUACGUCCGGCUGAUGUUUAGCAUCGAAGGCCUCCCCGGCAACGUCCGGGAGCGAGUGGACCAAGCCGUCAGCAACGUCCGCCAGCUGCAAGCCUCCUUCUCGUCCGCCACGUCCUUCCGAGACUUGUCGUCCCGCCUCCUGGCCCAGGGCCGCGAGCAGAUCGCCAAGGCGCGUGAGGCUCUGGACAUGCUGGUGGAGUACGUGGCCCUGAACAUGCCUAUGAACUGGGUCGUGGGGCCCUUCCGAGCAUCGCCAGCAGGUGCGGAGGAGGCCACGAUGGCGGAAAUGCCCACAUCCGGUAGCCCAGAGGGAGCAGUGAAAGCACCAAAGGAUGCAGGCGAGACCACCGGGUUGAGUGCGGCUCUGAAGGAGACCGUGGUGCCCCCCCAGCCACGAAGGGCUGCGCCCAAAUCGGCUACGGUGCCCAAGCAAGCCAGGGAGACGGAAGCAGGAAAAGUGAAAGCAGCAGGCGAGACUCAGGAGGCGGAAGCGACUUUUGAGGCACCGAAGAGAGCGAAGAGAGGGGCCGAGGGGAGGGAAGGGGAAGCCAAAAGGGCAGGGAAAAGUUCUCUGAACGAGACCGCUGAAGCGCCUGAGAAGAAGCCGUAAAGUUUCCACAUGUUUUUUCCUGGAGCUGUUGGACGGGUCCUCCUGGCCGGCCACGCUCUCUUGCGCCACCCCAGACAGAAAGCUCCUCUCAGCCCAUCCACCUCUCAAACGAAUACAUUAUUUAUUGGCCUAUCCACAGAAGAGGUUCCCUGCAGUGCCUCUGUACGACCUUCUGGCUUCUGCCUCCUCCUGAUCCCUGCUGCACCAGUUAGGAUUGGAGCUUUCAGUCACCCACGGAUGCAGACAUGCACGGGGAUUCCUCCUCUGCAAUGGGGCAGCCCGCUGCUUCUCUGUAUGCCAUGCUGGUCUAAAUAGCUUCUUCUCAUUCUGCAUCAGCACCAUCCAUUCUCGGCAUUGUUCUCCUUCAGCAGAAUUAUCAGCCUUUAGGGGAGGCUCUCCGUUGAACCUCUGCAUGAAUCCCUGUUCAGAAUUAACCUCCUUUUUAUGGGAGGCUAGCCCUGGGAAGAGUGGCUCACAGAUAAAUAAAGGAGUGGCUUUCUUUCAACGUUAAGCAAGCCUUCAGCUUUUAGAACCAAAAUUGCCCCCGCUCUUGACAUCGGGAGAGUUUGGCUUAACUAGUGUGAGUGCUGUCUGGCAGAUCAGCUGGCUUGGGCCCAUUUAUCCAUGUAUCUGAAUAUGACCUGCUGCUGAUACCCCUUUUCCCCUUGCCUGUAAUGUCGUAAUCGCUUCAUGCCCCGCUGUAUGUCUCCCGCCCACCUCAUACUGUGACGCACAAGCAGGGGAUUUAGUGUCGGGAUCUUAAUGACGGUCCAUCUUCCUCUUUUGUUUUUUGAACGAAAUAAAAGUUUGUG